UCUGUCCUUUUUUUCAACUCAAUGUCCCAUUAAAUAAAGUUAUAAGGCAAGAAUAUAAAUAAAGUAGGCACCAUGAUACAUAGUACUGAAAUAUUCCUCACUUGAAAAUCCUACACAAUAUUUUUCCUUCUUACUAAAAUCACUACAAACAAAAUGGAAUAUGAAUGUACCCCUCUUAGCUGGGAAUUCUAUAACCAAGAUGAGGGGUUACUAGAGGAGUUGAGACAUUCUCUAGUGUACACAACUUUAGAGCUAGAAGCAACAAUUGUAUCAGCUAAAGAAGAAAUUACAAGAAAAGAAUGUGAAUUGAUUCAUGCUAAUGAUCUUUUAAGCAGAGUCAUAAAAGAAAGAGAUGAAGCCAGAGCAAAAUGUGAGAAACUAAUGCUAGAAAAACAAGAUCUCCAUCAAAUAGACAACAAAUCAGGAAGUGAAAAUGAGCAACAAGUUUGUUUGUCUGAAAAACAUUCAACACCAUAUGAUGAAUAUGAAGAAAUUAAUACUCAAAAUAGCAUAACAUCUCCAAAUGGAAGUUCAACCACAUCUCCAACAACACAAUUUGAAGCAGUGUUACAAUUAGCAGAAAAGAAAGCAUUGCCAGAAAAAGGGAAGCUUUUGAAAGCAGUGGUAGAAGCUGGACCAUUGUUGCAAACUCUUCUACUAGCUGGACCACUCCCUCAAUGGCAACAUCCACCACCACAACUCAACUCCAUUGAGAUUCCUCCUGUCUCAAUUUCAUCUCAAAAUCCUUCAUUACUAUGCAAAAAAAGGGAUUUUCAACUUUCUUCACCUUCUGUUUCUUCAAAGUGUAGAAAAAUUAUUCAGCAACUACCAACAACACCUACCACUGCCUCAAAUCAUUUCCUACCACAUCCAUCAUUUUCAUAGUAAUAAUGUUUUUAUCUUUUUAGCAAAUUAGGAUGGUUGGACUUUUUGUAUCACCUCAACUUUUUCACCAUAUCAACAAACUUUGACCUAAUUUUAUGUAUUCUGCAAAAGAGGGAAAUAGAUUUUUAUAAAUCAAUGAUUUAUGUCAUUUAGAAUUGAUCUACUAAUUGUAUAAAAAUUUACCCGUUCAAUCUCUAA